UAUUAGUAAUCUGUGUGCUCUUGAGGCUGGUUGACGUUUAUAAAAAAAUCGUCACGCAAAUUAUUUACUUUUAUGAUAUUGUUACUGAAAGGACCAUCAUUAAAGACUUUUUUUUUAACUGAAGUACACUAGAAGUUAUUUUUAUUGUACCUUAAUAUAUUUGAUCCCACUUUGUUUACUUACGAAAUAGUUCUUCCUUAUCUAAAUUGCCGUAAUGGACACAACCUCUAAUUUAGUUGUUUCCUCUCCAAAAAUUAAAUACACUGAAGAUUAUAUUUAUGCAGAUUACGAAUAUGAAGAGACAUUGGUUACAAGAAACAACAAUGAGCUCGUGGCAAAGCCACUGCGGACUUCAUUGCAAAUACGAACCCAGAGGAAAGUAGGCAAAGUUGGUGUGAUGCUGGUGGGAUGGGGGGGUAACAAUGGUUCCACCUUCACAGCAGCAGUGCUUGCCAACCGCCACCAACUUUCGUGGAACACCAAGAAUGGAAAAAUGGAUUCUAAUUGGUAUGGCUCAAUAACUCAAGCAUCAACUGUCAGGCUUGGAAUGGAUGAGAAAGGGAACGAUGUGUAUGUUCCAAUGACGCAGUUACUGCCUAUGGUACAUCCAGAUGACAUUGUGAUCGAUGGAUGGGACAUCAGUCCGCUAAACCUGGCAGAUUCUAUGGUCCGCGCAAAGGUCAUCGACCAUGAUCUGCAGCAGCAAUUGAAGAAGGAAAUGUCGGCUAUGAAGCCACGGCCAGCAAUCUACGAUCCCGACUUCAUUGCGGCUAAUCAGGCUGAUCGCGCAACGAACCUAAUCAAAGGCACCCGUUACGAGCAGUACCUGCAAGUGCGUGCCGAUAUCAAAGACUUCCGCGACAAGCACAAGCUGGACAGGAUCGUGGUGCUGUGGACGGCGAACACUGAACGGUUCUGCGAAGUUCUGCCCGGUGUGCACGAUACUGACGAAAACUUGGAGAAGGCGCUGAGGGCCAACAACUCGGAAAUAUCGCCUUCCACCAUCUUUGCAUUGGCCGCCAUCGAUGAAGGAUGCUGCUACAUCAACGGGUCGCCGCAGAACACGCUGGUGGCGGGCGCGGUGCAGCGCGCGGCGCGGCGCGGCGUGCCCGUCGCCGGCGACGACUUCAAGUCCGGCCAGACCAAGCUCAAGUCCGUGCUCGUCGACUUCCUCGUGUCCGCCGGUUUGAAACCCGUGUCUAUCGUCAGCUAUAAUCACCUUGGUAAUAAUGAUGGCAAGAAUCUCUCCGCACCCCAGCAGUUCCGAUCAAAGGAGAUAACCAAGAGCAACGUGGUGGACGACAUGGUGGAGUCGAACCAGAUCCUGUACAAGCCGGGCGAGAAGCCCGACCACGUGGUCGUCAUCAAAUACGUGCCAUAUGUCGGCGACUCGAAGCGCGCGAUGGACGAGUACACGUCGGAGAUCCUGCUGCACGGCGCCAACACGAUCGCCGUGCACAACACGUGCGAGGACUCGCUGCUGGCCGCGCCGCUCAUGCUGGACCUGCUGCUGCUGGCCGACCUGCUGGCGCGCGUCUCCUUCCGGGAGGACGACACACACGAGUGGAGCGGCAUGCACGCGGUGCUGUCGCCGCUGGCCUACCUGCUGAAGGCGCCGCUGGUGCCGGCCGGCGCGCCCGUCGUCAACGCGCUCUUCAAGCAGCGCGCCGCGCUCGACAACCUGCUGCGCGCCUGCCUCGCGCUGCCGCCGCUCUCGCACCUGCAGCUCGAGCACAAGGUGCCAUUCCUGAUGGAGUCUCUCCGUUCGGGCGCCAUGUUCUCUCCGCCCAGCAAGAAGCAGAAGCUCGCCCACGAGAACGGCGACCAGUGAACCAUCACCUGUCAACGCCACCACCACUUUCAUCAUCAUCUAUCAUCACCUAUCAUCUACCACUCUCUCCCCCUUAUAUGUAUCCGCUUUUGUGACCAUUUGUGACAGAACCAACCGCACUCACCAUACAACGUGCCAUUGCCAUUAUGUCCCUCGGCUAUGAAUCAGAUUUCUAUUGUGUUUUUGUAGAUUAGUGAAAUUGAUUGUCAAAAUUCUUAAGUAUUACUAGUUAUUGUAUUAUUUAUGUUGUGAUUUUAAUUAAAUAUGCGACGCUUACAUACCAAAAAAAGAGAAUAAUGUGUGAAUUGUGUUUUGUAUGAAAAACUUUAUGAAUAUCAAAUUAACGGAAUCUCUAAGUAGUCUCGUUAACCACUGUUUUUUUAUGCUAAAUUGCAUAUGAUAAAAAUGGAUGAUUGUUUUUGAUUUACUUCAUAAUCCCAAAUUUUUAAAAAUAUUGUCGCACAAUUAAUUUAAUGUGCUUAUGUUUUUUUUCUCUUUUUAUGAAAUUUCGUAAAAGUAUUACAUAAGUAUAUUUCAGUAUUAUUUAUAUAUUAAUUUUUCGUACUUAGUACAGUAGCAUUAAUUUUUUUGCACAAUUUUCUCAGAAAAAUGUAAUAAUGUAUAAAAAAAAUACAUCGGAAUUGAUAUUAAGGGGGAUUGAUGCAAAUUCAUUUUUUAUUUUGAUUAUCAUAUAAAUUUAUAUAGAAAGUUAUAUUGCUCGUUACGUAUAUCAAAGAAGUAUUAAUUAUUUUUAUGAAUAUAAAUAAUUUAUCAUAUUUUUGAUAAUUCCGAUUAGAAAAUAUAAGAAAUGAAUUUUGAUUAUUUUGAAAUUUCCAUUAUAUUUUUUGUUAAAGUGCAGUUUUGGCUGUGUUACAUUUUUACCAUAAGUAUGACAAUGUUACGUUUCGAGUUUGACUCGAUAUAAUUAUUUAUCAAUUCCAUUAUUCGCUUUUAAAGUGAACCUAAAUAUUGAAGAUUUUUGUGUGCGUGAGUUACUCCGUUCAAACUCAUUUUAUUUUUAAAUCCUCAUAUUUUAUUGUUAAAAAUACUAUAUAGUUUAUCUUUUUUUCAUUCAUAUAAAUUGAUGAGAAUGUUGAUAAUAACUGUUUAUUGAAUAAUUAAAGGAAAAUUAAGAAAUGAAGAAUAAAAGGACGGAGUAAAGAUUGCAAGUAUACUGACGUAUAAAGUAUAAAAUGUGCGAGUGUCCAUUUCAUUCCGUUUAUAUUUAGCGUGCGACCUUGAAUUCGACUGCUAAUGUAAAAAAUUCUUAUAUUCUAUUGAAAUUUUGAAGUAUUUACAAAAAGUACGCACCUUUCGGAAUGCGUGCGAGCACGUGUUUGGAAAUAUUUACACGUAAAAUUUUACUCAUGUUUUUAUCGUUGCACUUUCUCGUUUCCAGUUUUUUUAUUUCUGUUGAAUCUCGUGAGAAUCAUCAGUAUUAUACAACGCGAUAUCAGAUUUAGUCCAAGUUAAUAUAAUAGUUGUGCCCAGUUGUGAUAAAUCGCAUUUAACCUACUGCAUUGUGAUUUACGAAGGUAGAUGUUAAACGCAAAUACUUAAUAGUAUGAAUACGUAUUUUGACUUAUGUUUUUGCACUUAAUGUAUUUCGAAUAAUUGUAUUAGUCCUCGUUUUAUGUAGAUGAUAGUUUGUUUUUAUGUGUGUAUAUGUUCCUUUACAUAUGUUUAUUGUAUUCAUUUGUGCACUAUUCAAUAAAUUGAUUUGAUUAACCACA